AGAGUGUUAGUGCUGCCCACAGUAUUGCCAGGCAUCCCUGGAAGAGGAGGUGUAUUAAACUUAGAGAAGCAAGCAAGGAGAGAGAGAAAAAAAUUAUCCUCGGUGUGGUGUGCCUGUGUGUCUGAGUGUUUGCCUUGGGUUUUUUCAGCAAGCAGAUUGGGAACCCUUUCCAGAUGAUCUGAAGCUCAUCUGAAAUACAUUAAACCCAGGAGAAGAACGAUCCUCUGUAAUUCAGCUGCGUUGACGCUCCACUGAGGGUUCCUAUUUGCUGUCAGAGGUACACCCAUACAUGUAGCUGCAGCUCCCCAAGAGACUGUUUUCAUCUCCUUAAGCCAAAAUAUUUUCCAGGCUCCAGAGGGCAAGAUUGGAGAGCUAGAGGGAACUCCCUGAAGAAGCCUGCAUAAUAACUUGGAUCUAAAGGUUUCAGUGUGUUGACUCAAAGGAGAAACUCCCAACUUUAAACUAAACAUCAGCCCUAUCGUUUCUCUAAGUGUGUGCAGAAAAGGGCUCAAGGACAAGUGAGCAGCAUUCAUAUAAAUACAGGAAACACCUGAAGGGUUUUCCAAGGCUUGGCCACAGGAAAUAUAACUCCAAGCAACUGAUAUAACUCUGACACUGAUUUUUGCAAGAAGCUCUCUAUCCUCUUGUUAAUCAAUCAGUAUGUCACGCUGGGGGAGAAAAAAUGUGAAGAAGGCGCCUGAGGUGAUCCACACUGUGACAGAGGGACUGAAGUCCCUGUACCGUGAGAAACUGCUGCCUCUGGAGCAGUACUAUGGAUUCCAUGACUUCCAUUCUCCUAGUUUGGAGGAUGCAGAUUUUGACAAUAAGCCUAUGGUGCUAGUUGUUGGACAGUACUCCACUGGAAAAACAACAUUCAUCAAGUAUCUGCUGGAGCAGGAUAUUCCUGGGAGCAGGAUAGGUCCUGAACCCACCACCGACUGCUUCACUGCCAUCAUGCAUGGAGACGUGGAGUCAGUCAUCCCAGGGAAUGCCCUUAUUGUAGACCCUAACAAGCCUUUCCGCAAACUCAAUCCAUUUGGAAACACCUUUCUCAACAGAUUCCAGUGUGCCCAAAUGCCUAACCAGGUUCUGGAGAGCAUCAGCAUUAUUGACACACCAGGGAUCCUGUCUGGUGCCAAACAGAGAGUGAGCCGAGGUGAGGGAAGUGGCAAAGGGUAUGACUUCCCAGCUGUACUGCGCUGGUUUGCAGAACGUGUGGACCGCAUCAUCCUGCUGUUUGAUGCUCACAAGCUAGAGAUAUCUGAUGAGUUCUCCGAGGCCAUCGGUGCCCUGAAAGGCAAUGAAGACAAACUGCGUGUGGUGCUAAACAAAGCAGACAUGGUGGGCACUCAGCAGCUGAUGCGAGUGUACGGUGCCCUAAUGUGGUCCCUGGGGAAAGUAUUUGGCACUCCAGAGGUUCUACGUGUCUAUAUCGGCUCCUUCUGGGCAGAGCCAUUGCUGGUAACAGACAACCGUAAGUUGUUUGAGCUGGAGGAGGAGGAUCUCUUUGCUGAUAUUCAAAACCUUCCUCGAAAUGCAGCCAUACGCAAGCUCAAUGAUCUGGUCAAGAGAGCCCGUCUGGUUAGGGUCCACGCCCACAUCAUCAGCCACCUGAAGCAGGAGAUGCGUUCUGUCUUCAGGAAGGAUAAUAAAAAGAAGAAUCUGAUCUAUCAGCUACCAGUUAUUUUCUCCAAGAUCCAGCUUCAGCACAACAUUUCUGCUGGAGACUUUCCAGACUGUGCUAAGAUGCAGGAACAACUGAUGGUUCAUGAUUUUACCAAGUUCAAAUCCUUGAAGCCCAAUCUGAUGGCAUCCUUGGAUGAGUUGCUCUCCAGUGACAUUGCCAAACUGAUGCCCCUCCUGAGGCAAGAGGAGCUGGAAGCAGGUGAUCAACCAGGUGUGCAGGGUGGUGCCUUCUUGGGGACCCGUGCUGGACCUUUCUCAGAAGGUGACCCCUUUGCUGAGGAAAAUGGAGAGGGUUGUGAGGAGGAGGAAGAUUGGGUGGUGACCAAAGACAAGCCCAAAUAUGAUGAAAUCUUCUACAACCUUGCUCCCAAUGAGGGGAAACUAAGCGGCACCAAGGCAAAGGACUGGAUGGUGAGCUCCCGCCUGCCCAACUCUGUUCUGGGUCGCAUCUGGAAGCUCUCAGAUGUCGAUCGUGAUGGCAUGUUGGAUGAUGAAGAAUUUGCCCUGGCCAGCCACCUAAUUGAGGUCAAGCUGGAGGGUCAUGGUCUUCCCCCUGAGCUUCCCACCCGUCUGAUCCCACCCUCCAAACGCAGGCAGAAAGGCUCUGAUGCAUAGACCAUCUACUGGCUGUCACACCUACGCUACUGUUCUAUUUGCUCUUAUUUUCCUGCAGACCCAAAUCUAAAUGUUGCAUGUUAGGUAUGCAACGUUUCCUCUGAGAAUGAUUAUAAUCUUGCACAAUGAACAUGCUGUAUUUAAAUAUAAGUCGACAUACAAGGGCUUUCAGAAAAGGAUUGUGUAUAAGUCAAAGGAUGUUUGCUUCUUCCCUUUGACUCCUCAAAGUUGCCUUUUUUAUGAUGAAUAUAUAUUUGCUGAGCAGAAAUAAAAGGCUGAGACUAAGUAAGCAAAACUCUGCAUGUACUUUUAAAAACUCCAGAGCAACUUUAUUCUUAAAAAAAACCCUUUUUUAACAUUUUAACAUUCCUUCAGUGUCUAGAUAUUAGAGAUUAUUUGUAGGAAUAUGCCUUUUUUCAUAUGUGAUCAGUCCAGUGAAGCAUCAUUUAGAAAUUUAUUUUCAACUUAUUUUCUAAAGUUUUGUUUUCAGCAUUUUCUUCUCCAUGUAACAGAACAAUCAUGUACAAAUCUAAUAAUCUGAAUGCAUUUCACUCUGAUGCUUUAUAUGCCACAUUUUUGUGCUGAAUUUAUACAUUAUUUUUGAAAUUGUCGCUGUUUAUGUUGUAUGUGCAGGAUUAGGAUCUGCGUUGCAUAAAAGAACAUUACAUUCUCAACUAGACUGAAUGAAUGCCAUGUUACUGACUACUGUACACAGCUCUGCCAACUGUUCUUAUGUUAACAACCAUUGUAACCAAAUAAAACUACCUGACUGUG